AUGGCGCUGGCUCACUGCAGGUGCGCCGCCACAUGGAGGCGCGAGAGAGCUCUCGAGGUGGCAAUCGUCGUGGUGGUGAAGGAAUAUGAGAGGAGUUUCGGCGCUCCCGAUCACUGUGUUCAUUUGUUAUACAUCGAGCUUAUGGAACCUAUGCAUCAAUCAGGAGGUAGUGAGGGUUCUGGGUCGGGCAUAAGCAGACCACAAUAUUCUCCUAAUAAUUGGAGGGCCAAAAGGCAGCGGGUCAAUUUCCAGUACGUAAUUUGGCACUCGACCAAACUUAAGGUUUUGGUGCCCUGUCUUUCGCAGACAAUGUGGGUUUCGUGGAUGCCCGGUAGGUCUUUCUACAGGUCGGGACCGCAGAACGAGGAGCGUUCAUGGCUCAGGUUUCCUGCUUUGUCUUUGCUCAAUUUAGAGAAAUCGUUGUACCACAGUUUUGUCCGUACGUCGAGCAUUUCCAGUGCGGCUUUGUCUGAUCAAAGUUCUGUGCCUUUGUAUGAAAUAAAACUGAGUUCGGUUAUAGUGACGAGGAGUUUAGUUUCGUGGAAUACUGAUUUUCGCACGACCAUUGUUGCAGAUCAUCCCGAAGAGGGAGCAAACAAUGUAAUGGUUGGGUUUUAUGCCUCGACACCUUACCUGAUCGAAAUAAUAGUGUCACAAGGUCUUUCAUGUUCGCAGAUCCCAAAACAAAUUAAGGCCAUGGCGAGGCCGAUGAAAGCCCCAACUUGGAUCUUACUUUGCUUGACGGAUAAGAGCAAGCUCGAUGCACAACCCGAACUAUUCAUUCACAGCAUCCCCGACAAGAUGAACAACAGUCAUGCUUAUCUUAUUGGCCCUUUACCCAACUCUCGCUGUCUCUGCCACAUCCCCCUUUACUCAUAUACAGGCCUAAAGAGGGGUAUGUCGAACGCCAUCGUUAACGGGAUGGCCGGCGCCGGCGGAGGUAUCGUUGCCCAGAUAAUUACUUACCCUCUCCAAACGGUGAAUACGCGCCAGCAGACGGAAAGAGUUGCUAAGGAGAACUCAGUUCCACCAUCUGUCUCUCGGCCGGAUAGGAGUACCCUUCUUCACAUUUUUCAGGUCAUUAGAAAUGAAGGCUUAGGAGGACUUUACAGCGGCCUCAAGCCUUCUCUGCUUGGCACUGCUGCUUCCCAGGAUUCGGGGAUAGAUUACGUGAACUGUAAAGAUCUUAGAAAAAUGGCUGUUGGAUCAACGUUGAAAUUUGGGAUCUAUUAUUCUUUUUACCAAGCUUUCAAGAACAAGGCUGAGGCUAUUGCGAUUGCAAACAAAAGGAAAGGAAAAGGGGAUGGUUUGCCAGGAAUGCUUUCUUGGCUUAUAGUGGCUGCUCUUGCUGGGUCACUAAAUGUACUGUUCACCAAUCCUAUAUGGGUACUCGUGACUCGUAUGCAGACCCAGACUCAAGCGGAGAGAAAAAUUAUGGAGGCGAAAAGGGAAGCUCUGCUGAAGGAAGCUUCAGCGAAUGUUUUGUCACAAUCUUCUUUGUCAAGCCAGUUGGCCAAACUUGAUUCAAUGAAGCCUCGUCCUUAUGGGACAUAUCAAGCGGCAUGCGAGGUUUAUAAUGAAUCUGGAAUUGCUGGAUUCUGGAAAGGUAUCAUUCCAACUCUAAUAAUGGUGUGCAAUCCAUCAAUUCAAUUCAUGAUUUAUGAGAGUUUAUUAAAGCGUUUGAGAACCAAAAAAUUUGCCAACAAACGAGGUUCGACGAACAUAUCAGCUAUGGAGAUUGUCCGCCAGCGCGUUAGGACGGUUGUAGACUUUUUGGCGGCGUGUGGGACCCAUGCGUGGACUUCGACGAUGAAAAUUGACCCGAAGGUUGUUCCUGGGGCGGCGUGGCUAUUGGUGUGGGAGGUGACAUCGGAAUGUGCUGUGGCAAAACUUGGAGCAACUGUUUGUACAUACCCUCUGUUGGUUGUUAAGUCAAGACUACAAGCAAAGCAGGAAAUUGGUGGAAAUAUGUCGCUAAGAUAUUCAGGUGAUAUGACAAAUACAUCAAUACAGUUUACUCUAUUGGAAGAAUUUCAUGUUAAAACCUUUUAUAACCCUGAUAUGAGGGUUAUUGGAGCCUGGUAUCCUCAUGACAAUAGUAAGAUAAACGCUCACAAUAUGCCGAUAUCGAGUGGGAUCCCCAAGAGGCGUACCAUCAGUGGGACAGACAGAGGUGCAAGUGAAGAUCAAUAG